UGUCCUGCAGCUCCUCAAACACACAUACACACACGCGCGCGAGUUGGGUAGAAAGACGAGAGCAAGAAGCAGAGUUUGGUGUCAGAAUGAGUCGGCCGCACAACAGUCCAGCGAUGGAAAGAUAGACAGACUGAUACAUCGACAAGCAGGUGACAAGCUAGACUACCUAUCAGAUAGUGAGUGGAUGCGAGCUGCGUGUAAGGCUACAAGAAGACGAGGGGAAACAUGAGUCGGCAGCAGCAGCAGCAGUCCCAGGGAGUGGUUUUAACGGGUUACCACAGCAACGCCGAAAUGUUGCCGACAACUGGACCGCGCGCUCCCGCCCAUCCGUCGAACCUGGACCCGGACUCCGCCGCGCCCAGGUGGGACAUUCGCAGAACAGGCCACUACUCUGUUCAGCAGAACCAGAACACACACCAUGGAGACAAAUAUGGGCCUCCCACUCCCAUCAGUAGUACAAAAACCACAGGCACUGACCCAUUGUCACUACCCAACUCAAGUGUUGCUGCCUGCCACAGCCCUCAGCCCUCCUCCAGCCCUAAGCCAGACUCCAGCCCCAGACACAGUCCCAAUUCCAGGUCCAGACCACGGCCCACAUGUCAGCGCUGCAACUCUCAGGACUCUCUGGAUGAGCUGGAGAUGGACGACUAUUGGAAGGAAGUGGAGAAUAUCACUCGCUCAGCAGGAGGAGCAGGGAGGAGAGAAGGUGGAGGAGAAGGGGAAGUGCAAGAGGAGGAGCAGCAGAAAAUUCCUGAGGAGGGUGAACAGGAGGAGGCGUGGCUCACAGAGGCGGGACUAGCACGACUGUUUGAUGAUUCACUGGCGGCUGACGUGGAUCAGGAAGAAGACAAUGCAGUGUUCCUGUCCACACUGACCAGAACUCAGUCAGCUGCUGUAGAACGCCGCGUGACAUCACUACACCAGACGUUGCUACGGCGACGCAACCGGCAACACGUUCCUGAUGUUAGGGAUAUAUUCAGACCUUCUGAAAAGGGAGAGGACCCUAGUAAACUUGAAGGGGGAAGUGAGAAUGGACAAAAAGAUGUCACUUCAGCCGAAACGGAGACAGAAUUGAAUGUUGAAGUGGCCUUUUCAGAGCAGGCGCUCACCUACAGGGACAACCAUCUAAGGUUAAAAGUCACCACUAGCCCUAACUCACCUGAUGACAAACUACCGAACUUUAAGCUACUCCAAGACAAAACAGGUCAGACGAGAAUAGGAGAUCUGUCUCCUCUGGAUAUGAAGAAGGUGCUUAGACUGGUGCUUGUGGAGUCGACUGCUUUGUUUGACACUGCAGGGAUAGACCUUAAGCCUCACAAAGCUGUCAAAGUUAAGACUAAAGAAAGUGGUCUAUUUGGUGUUCCCCUUGCCACUGUAUUGGACCAGGACCAGAAGCGGGCUCCUGGGACCAAAGUGCCGCUCAUACUGCAGAAGCUUAUUAGUCACAUUGAGGACGAGGGAUUAGACACAGAGGGGCUGCUACGGAUCCCUGGAGCAGCCACAAGAGUCAAGUUGCUGUGCCAGGAGCUCGAGUCCUCUUUCUAUGAUGGAAUGUUUCCGUGGCAACAGCUGAAACAGCACGAUGCUGCUAGCCUUUUGAAGCUGUUCAUCAGAGAGUUACCCCAUCCGCUACUGACUGUGGAGUACCUCAAUGCAUUUACUGCUGUCAACAAGCUCCCCACAAAAAAGCAGCAGCUGCAUGCUUUGAACCUGCUGGUCCUUUUGUUACCUGAGGCCAAUCGAGAUACUUUAAAGGCACUGGUGGAGUUUUUCCAGCGGGUGAUUGACCAUCAAGCCAAGAAUAAAAUGACCCUCAACAAUGUCUCAGUUAUCAUGGCACCCAACAUCUUCAUGUUCAAAGGCUUCCGCUCCAAGAUUACAGAACAACAGGAGUACUCCAUGGCAGCCAGCACGGCCAAUAUUGUCCGGCUGCUGAUAAGAUACCAGGAUCUCCUAUGGACAAUCCCCAAGUUCAUUGUGACCCAGGUCAGACAGCAAAACAUGGAAAGUCAACGGAAACAAAAUAAAGAGAGAGCGGUGAGAAAGCUACUGAAGAAGAUUACCACCGACAGACCAUCUGAGAAAGCGGUCUCAGAGGAGUGUUUGCAGGGAUUUAUUCGAGUCCAUGCGCCACAGUUCAGUAAAGUGUCUAUGGCAGUUCAGCUUACUGAAGAGCUACAGGCUGCUGAUGUGUUAACACGCUUCCUCAGCCAGGAGAGUUCAGUGACAGUGAAACGGGAAGAGCUGUUUCUCUAUGAGAUUGGUGGAAACAUCAAGGAAAGAUGUCUAGAUGACCAAACGUAUAUGAAAGACCUCAUCCAGCUAAACCCUACAGCAGAGUGGGUCAUUAAAGCUGUACAGAGAUAAAACUGCUGCACACUGCACAGCUCCAAACCGUGUCUCACCACUGUGUCUCACUGAAGAAGAGACGUCACCUGGUUCCCCGUGGUUUCUGCUGACUCUGGACUGAUUUAGACAGCUCACUCUGUAGGAAAGGCAUUCUUCAACGCAGGUGGUUGCAUGGGUUCACACCAUUUGUUGGCCCUGAAAACUGCCAAAAAAAUUCAAGCGGUCCAAUGGCAUUUUCAAGACAUAGAUUCCUUUUGGUGGAAUCUGUGUGGAAAUACUUACAUUUUUUUUUCCAUUUUAUUUAAGAACCGGAUUGUUAGACAGAUGAAAAUGACACGCUUGGAUUUACAGAAACAGAUGUUUCCUUUUUUUCCCAUCCUGCCUUUUGCCACACAUCAGAAAUUUUAAGCUCAAGUCCCACUAACCUAAAGUAUCAGAUGGUCUAGGUGAAAGGAAAGCACUUGCUUGUAGAGGACCUUGUCAUCUCUCAUGCCCUUUUGUACUGUGGUGGAAAUGUCUGUCUCCAAGUUUUUUAUAGCACUUGAGCCACACUGUGGGGAUUCUUAAUAUUUUGUGAUGCUGUAAGUAUUAAUGUUGUAUACUGUGAUUUAUUGCCACUAAUCACUUUGUUCUGUCUGGAGUAAUAACUUGAAAUUCUAAAGUUUGGGGCAACAAAAUAUCAAAAUUCUAUUAAAUCGUGAAUCAAUCUCAUAAUUUAAAUAUAUUUUCUGUAUAGCAAAUUUCGAGAAUAUUGGCUUCUAUUUAUUUAUAUUUUUAUUAAAAGCCUUAAAACCAACCAACAAUAUUGAAUGUUAAUAUAUCAGAACACUUCACUGCAACCAGGAGGGAAUGAACAUUGGAGUGAAAGGGCAUACCACAUGGGGUCCACAGCUAGAUGUGGACAUAUUAUACAUGAGGGAGGGGCCCCUUAUGUGGCACACGUCAACAACAGUAACCCCAAAACUUUAUAAUGUCGUCACUGACAUCUAACUAGGACACACAACAAUGACAUUUGACAGUUUUUAUGGCACAUUCAUAUAGCUGUACAUUACAACUUUUUAAACCACUGAUGUUUGAGUGUGUUAAUGUGUGAAUCCAUCUUCAAGAACCGCUACUUAUCAGGAUACGCAUGUGAACAAACACAUUUUAACAGGUUUUUAAUAUAUACAUACAUGUAUCCUGUGUAAGCUUGCUUGAAUUUAUCAAGUCAUUUGCCUUAUAAGUUUUGUACCAAAUAUUUGAUCAUCUAAUGUAUGUUGGACUGUGAUCAUGAUUUUAAAGGAAUAAAUUGCUGUCUGUAUAAAUGGCCUUCUUAAAUGAUACACUCACAUGAUGGAUUACAAAAGUAUGUGGACACUUUGUGGAUACUAUGGCUUUUGUUGUUGUCUUAAAUAGGAAAUCUCUUUUCUUGUUUCUCAGUUUCGGAUCAUAUCUGCACCAUGAAAGUUAAACAUUGCAGAUGUUUCUCUUGUGGACAGCAGAGUGUUGAGAGCAAAUAACAUGUCACAAGAAUUUGUGGAGUGAGUCACUCCCUGCCUUGUAAUAUCUUAUUUACUGUGAAUAGGAUUUUUUUCUCCUAAUAAUAAUGCUUGUCUCUGAAAUGACCCGUAAAUCAGCCUGUAAAUAAACAUGUAUGUAUCAGGUA